GAUUCUGAUCGACUAAUGGAGCAACAAGGUGCUUUACUGAAACGGCUGGCAGAGGCAGACUCAGAGAAAGCGCGCCUGCUAUUACUGCUGCAAGACAAGGACAAGGAGGUGGAAGAACUCCUCCAGGAGAUACAGUGCGAGAAGGCUCAAGCGAAGACAGCAUCUGAGCUUUCAAAGUCCAUGGAGUCUAUGCGUGGCCACCUGCAGGCACAACUUCGGUGCAAAGAAGCUGAGAACAGUCGCCUGUGCAUGCAGAUCAAG